AUGGCACCCAUCUCGACGCUUUUGUGGCUCGCGAUCUGCGUGGUGGCGUUUGCAGGAAGCGCGGCCGAGGUAUGCGGGGGAGCGCGUUGCCCGGGCGCGUGUACAGGCGCGCGGUGCGCCUCGGGUCGCGCUGACACGCUGCGGCGCCCGGCUGUGCCAUACACCAUCAUCCACCCGUCCGUCGUUGUGCGCCAGGAGAACGCCAGGAGCAACAGUGCAACGGUGGAGGCGCAGGCGCAAGCACAAGCACGCGACGGCUGCGCUGGCGUCGAGAAGUGCGCGCAGGCCAGGCGGCGCCCGUGCGCCGGGCGCGACUGCAUCACGCACAUGCGCGACGGAGCAGAGCGCGAGUCGCGGGAGUUCGGAACCCAGAAUGGAAUUCAGCUCGCGUGUGACGUCAGACCAGGCUCUAACGAAGUCCCUUCUGAGGACGCUCUGGUGCUGCAGAUUCACUUGGCGAAGGGCCAGGAGAAGAUUGUGGAGGAGCUACGGGCUCAACAGGCUGAGGUCAGGCAUCUCCAGAAUGGGUUGAAGGAUCAGCAGGAUAUCCUGCUGGCCCAACAAAAGGAGAUUCUGGAGCAACAGCGGAGGAUUUUUGAACAGAUGGAGCAAGUGAAGGUGCAGUACCGCCUGGUUACGGACAACUUCAGAAAUGUGGCCCAAUACAAAGAUCUAGAGGGCCAUCUGGACACCCUCAGGUCUGAGAUAAGGACACACACCCAGGAGGCUUACACCAUACCCAAGGUGGACAUGGAGGAGAGUGUGAUGGAGGUUGGAAGACAGAUGCCUAGUUGCAGCUCCUGUCAAGCAGAUGAGUAUUGCGAUUUCACUGGGGAUUGGCCGAAAUGCGAGAAGUGUACCGUUUGUCUUCCUGGAUUUUUCCUGGUGUCCCAGUGCUCCAUUCACACUGACAGGAUGUGUCAGGACCGAGAUGAAUGCUUGGAGAUACAGCACUUAUGUGGUGACCAAAACCGGUGUUUCAACACGCCAGGUGGAUUCAGAUGUACAGGAAUGUCGGCAAAAGACGCGGCUGCUGGAACGUGUGGUCAUUCCUAUUACUACAGUUCAGAGCUGCAGGAAUGCCAGGCUUGCUCGGAGUGCGAUUCGGAAGCCAUGACGUCUCCAUGCUCAGCUAUGAGGGACACCGUUUGUUCCAGCUCCUCUGAGACCAGAUUGUCCCUUUCCUGGUCCGGGGAGGUGUCUCUGGUCCAAGGUAGCGAGUUUCCCAACAUGCAGUUCCGCAUCCAAGGGCACAGUGAUGGAGCACUUGUUUCUUGCACCAACAAUCGGUUGGUUCUGCAUCAGCAUGGACUUGUCUGGGUCGACCAGAACCUAGCUUUGAGGCACGAAUGCCGUAGUUUUGUCCAAGCGGGUUUGAGGUUGAACUCUAGUGAGGAUGGAGGAAGGGACCUAAGCGGAGUGCGCAUGGAGCAAAGGGAAGGGAAAUCUCUCCAGAGCAUCAGUGUAACCGGGGUGACCAUUGUGGAUCCAGGUCACACAUUGUCUCUGUUUCUCAGGAGCACUAGCAAUCAUUGUAAUGCAGAAAAUGAAAAGGUGCACCUUCAAGGUGGCCUUGUGGCACCAUUCAGUUUGCUCUGGCUCUCUCACGAUACAGGAGCUAUAGCCAUGACUGCUCAGACUGUGGUUUCAACGCACUUCCAAGCCAAUUAUCGACCUUCCUUCCGUAUGUCUUCCAUCUCUGAUCCCUACAUGGUGACUCUGAACCAUGACAAUCGUGGUAUACGCUUUACAGAGAAGGGCACAGUGAAGUUUGUCUUGCAACAAGCGGUCUACUCAAUGGGUCAAGCUUGUAUAUCUGAGGGAUUCUUGCUUCUAGCGUAUGUGAACCGUAAUGGAACCAGUGUUGAACUGAGCCGAGCCUUCAAGCCUGGUGUUCACUACAGAGACACGUCCAUAUCUCUUUCCGCUGCCGCCGCAGUGGAUGCUGGAGACACUCUCACUUUUGAAAUCCUAACACCAGCACAGUGCAGCGUGCGCUACUUCUGCGACGACUCCGGGAUUAGCAUGCUAAGUCUGAUGUGGAUCCCUUCCCUUGUGUCCUCUGCCUUAUCGGCUAGCGUAUCCAAAAGAGGUCUUCCCCUCGGUGCUGUAAGGAACAAGCCCUUGUUUUUUCACCAGACAUCCCCGACGGUAGCUCAACUAGAGCUGGCUAACACAAGCAAGCAGCAUGCACAUCGAAAUUUCAUCUUCCGGGAGGCAGGAACAGCUAGCGUUGCUCUGGACUUGAGGCUGAUACACUCCUGCAGCAUGAUUGAACUUGCUUUGGUUCAGCUGGGAGCAUCACCGACGGUCCUCGUUCGCCAACUCGGAGGUCAGAUGCCAGAAGGGAGCGAGUGGGCUAGCUUAGGGCUCAGGGUGUCAUUCCCAGUGCAAAACAGCACUGAAGUGUACGUCAUGGUGGACUGCGUGCGCGGACGCGUUAACCAAAUUGCCCAUGAUGCAGGAAGUAACAUUUCCAUCCUUUGGAUUGCAGCGUGAUUUUAGCAGGACACAUGUUUUAAGCAUGUUUUAGCUUGUCAACAAUAGUCAUAUAUCUAGCGUAGCACAAGUAGCGAUGGAGGACGUAGCAUUUCCAUCAGCAUAUUUGGUGGGAGUCCUAUGUCUAGAGGGGCACAGGUAGUAAAACGGGAAGUAGCAAUUCCAUCCCUCACUCUAGGGCAUGAAUUGAGUAGGUUACAUUGUUUUAGCAUACUUUAAUAUAUUAGCGAUAGUCAUAUGUCUAGCCUAUCACAGACAGUGAUGCAGGAAACAGCAUUUCCAUUCUCUGAAAUUCAGUGGGAAUCAAGCAGGUCACAUGUUUUAGCUUGUUAGCAAUUUUAGCGUAUAUAUAGUAUAACACAGGUAGGCGAUACAGGAGGUAGCAUUUACACUGUAAAUACUUUUUUAGCAAUAGUUGCACUGCGUAUGUAGUGUAGCAUGUGUAGGAACACAGGAAGUAGCAUUUCCAUCUUUUCUGAACUAUGCAGUUACACAUUCUCGCAUGUUUUAGCUUGUUAGUGAUCGCUAUACAGGUAGUGAUGUAUAGCGUUGCCCAGGAAGGAGCCUUUAUAUCCUCUAGCAUGCUUGCAGCUUUAUAUCUAGCGUAGCACAGAUUGUAGCCAUGAUUUAGCCUUGUGUAAUUAGCAUGGUUGUAUCCUGCUAGUUCUCAUGAUGACACUGAAUGAUUUUCUUGAUAUUGUUCAAUUAUAGCCUUCACUCAGCUGUAUAAUUUAUACA